GUGUGCGCGUCCCUCAACUCCUCGGUCACGGCCCGUGAGUUCAGGGCGCGGCCACGGAGCCCGGCCGGGUGCUGCUGCUCCAGCCGCUGAUGCUCCGGGCAGGGCAGCCGCCGGCGAUGCUGUGCUGCAUGCCCGGCGUGGCUUUCGUCCCCGCUUUGCUUGUCAUCUGGUCCUCGGCCGCCUUCAUCAUCUCCUAUGCGAUCGCCGUGCUGGCGGGGCACGUCGAGCCCCUGGUCCCCUACAUCAGUGACACUGGAACUAAACCUCCAGAGAGUGGUAUCUUUGGUUUUAUGAUUAAUAUUUCAGCACUUUUGGGUGUAAUUACAAUGUACAUCAGAUAUUUAUUAAUAGAGAAGCAAAAUGAGUCAUCACACUUUGUUAGGCCUUCAUGCAACAUGUUUUCAUUAUGUAUUGGAUUGAUGGGCUGUACUGGAAUGGGCAUAGUUGCAACUUUUCAGGAGCUGUCUGUUCCCAUUGUCCAUGAUAUAGGAGCUUUGGUGGCAUUUGGCUCAGGCGUUCUGUACAUUACACUUCAGUCUAUAAUCUCUUACAAGUCCUGUCCACAGUGGAACACUUACUUUAUGUGUCACAUAAGGAUGGCCAUAUCUGUAAUAUCAUGCAUUGCUUUCAUUCCCAUGAUUGUGUUUGCUUCACGAAUUUCCAUGACAAAAAUCGAUUGGACUCCAGGUGAAAAGGAUUAUACUUAUCAUUAUAUGAGUGCAAUUUGUGAAUGGACAGUCGCCUUUGGUUUUAUCUUCUUCUUUUUAACAUUCAUUAGAGAUUUUCAGAGAGUUUCUUUAAGGAUAUCAACAGAAAUACAUGAAGACUCCUGGUAGUGGAGAAAAUUACUUUUUAUAUGUAUGAAUAUUCUCGAUUUCUUUUUACUUACAGAAAAUGGUGCAGAGGGAUGGGGACUUUCAAAGUUGUAUAAAGAACCCUUGCCAUUAGCUCCACAACGUCUAUAACAGCAUCCACUAAAACAUUUUUAAAACUUGCAGCAAUGUUCCUGCUACCUUUUUGAAAUGUUUUAUAAUUUUUUACAUGGUUUGAUAUAUUAAAUAUAUUGUAAUAGAAUCAAUCUGUAGAAGCACUUAAAAGUCAUUCAGACUUUUCGUCUCUUCAGCUCUUCCCUUUUGGACAGAGCCAUACUUUUCAUUUUCUAUAGUCUAAUUAGUAGUAUUAAAGUUGAGAAAAUACACUUUGCAAAUAAUUUGGAAAGCCUAAAGACAACGGAAGACACUAAAGUUGAAUUCCUGUUGUGUUAAGUUGCAAGGACUGUUGAAGACAUUUUGAGUCGAAGCAGGCAUCUUUGUUUCAAAACUAGAAAUUUGCAGCCAGUAGAUUGCGACACAUGCUACUUGUUUCUGCUAGUGGACACCGUAUACAAAUCCUAGGAGAAGUUUAAACUAUGUUGCUUGGAAAAUAUUUUCUAAUCAUCAUUGCAAUGUAUGUUGUAAAAGUGUACCCCUACCCCUUCUUCCACUUUAUGCACUGCUGACCAUAGGAAGCUUAAAACUGAAGUGAGAAGAGAAAGUAAUUUUACAUCUGUGCAUGGUCUACUAAAGAGAAAUCUUACUGCAAUUUGGUUAAUACAUAGGAGAAGUUUUCCAGCCUGUACUUUAACUUGCAGUGAUGAAAUGAAGAGGACCUCCAAAAAGUCAUUUGGAGUCAAUAGUCAAUAAGAAAAGGCACGAGUAGUUCUCAGGUGUUCAGUAUGAGUAUUUUAGAUACAUACAACUGAAGAAAAAAAAUCCUAGAGAGCUUCUGUAGUGCAGAUAUGGCAUAUUUGCUGCUAUAAACUUAAUUCUGUAAUGAGAGACUUGAAAAGAAACUAGUUGAUCAGUCAGACCUUGCAAGAAUCUGGAAGCACAAGAGUCUUUUGCAGACUGAUUCACUACCUCCAUUUAGCGCAUUAACUUCGUGGUUCUCAAUCAAGUUCUCUGAAAAUUACAUUUGCCAUGGUCUGUCACAGUUUAUGCAGAAAUCUUGAUGAUUUUCAGUUGCCAAUUUUCCAAAUGUGUGUUUUGGAGAGUGAUGUCAUAAGACUAGUCAUUUAUGGAUAUUUCCUUUAUUGUGUAUUUUAAACUAUUAAAUUCAGCUGUUGCACUACUUAAAA